ACCGAGAUGCAGCGAAAUGUCAAAAUCUUUCGGCUCAAAGAAAAUUUUUCGUUUGCUUCUCGUCGUUGGAUUCGGUCCCGUCGUGUCUAAAGUCGCCUGCGGUCAGGUGCGUGUGUCGUGAAUAUAGUGCUUAUACUCCGCCAAACAACCUGGAAAAGGAACCGUAGGAAGGGUCUACCAUGUAUCGCUUGCUAGUACAAAGAACCUUCUUCAGCGGAUCGAAGAGAACGAGUGCUCAACUGCUUCGAACCUUCAGUUCCAAAAGACCAACGUUGCAGUUCCGCGAAGCUGGCUUUGGCAAAGUGCUAGUAAUUCUAUCUCCGCUCCUUGUCGGUGGCGGAGUUGUUGCGUAUGCAAAGUACGACAACGAGUUUCGAAAAACCCUCGUCACUAAUGUUCCAGCACUGGAUCCCGUGCUGAAGGCACUUCUUCAGGAAGAAAAUCCUCUUGAUGAGGUGUCAAAAAAACUGGAUGACAUUUCCAGCACUAUUAGUGGGUACACCUCUAGUGUUACCGGUUUUUUUACCGGUGGGAAAGAGGAGAAAAAGUCCGAGAAACCUGUUGACCUGCCACCGAUAACUCGUUCUAAAUCGGUACACGUACCUGUUCCGUCACCGCCACUUUCGAAACCGGAAUCGUUGGUCGAAAAAGCUACCCCUGCGCCUAUUGCUAAAACGCCAGCACCGAGUUCAGCGGCAAAACCAACCCCUACCAAAACUGUUGCACCUAAAGCAGUACCUGUUGCUGCGCCAGCCGAGGAGGUUCCUAAAUCGAUCAGUGAAUUAGAGCGUCAAAUUGACGUUGCAGCAGCAACGGCUAUCAAAGAGUAUGGCAAAGCUGUGCAGGUGCUAAAAUCUUACACGGAAGAGGUAAAGAAGGUAGUGGAUGAAUCCGUCGAUAAAUUGGAUAGCUCCAGUUGGACAUUGUUACGCAAUCGAACCAGUGCAAGAGACACCGCGCUGAAAGCAGCGGAAGAUGCGGCCGAGCAAGCGCGGGAUAAUAUUGAAAAGUUGCACCAUCUGUUGGAUGGCAGAGAGUUGAAGUGUUCCGACGAGUUGAAGAAUAAGGCUCGUGAAAAUAUUGCAGCUUAUUUGGAACACUUGAAAAAGGCAAAGGAAGAUGUGCUGAAAGCACGCGAUCUUGCCAAUUUGGGCGAAAAAUAUUGGAAGAAGGUCGAAUCGGCAAGAAACUAUUUCAUCGAUGAAAUCGAGCUGCUCUUCCCGGGAUUAAAUUUGAGCGAGAAAAAACUCAAUAUAUCGAAGGACGACCUGGAUUUGUUUAUCGUACAUGCCUUCACGCAGGUCGUUGCUCAUCAGAAGGAGCUGCAAAAGUUACAGAUCGAAGGAGACCAACAGCUUAAGCGGGCACUGGAGGCGGUUCGAGGAACGGAUCAGAGUGAUGCCGUUAAGGCUCAGCUAGAGUACGAGAUCGCGAAGGAACGACGGGAGCUAAAUUUACAAAAUCAGAAAAAGCUUCUCGCCAUUCGAGCUGAUCUUGAGCGCGAUUUACGCAGUCAGAUGAAACGUCAGUCGGAAGCCCAUUCGGAUCAUCUAGCUGAUGCGCUCACUCAGAAAGAACUAGAAAUGAAGCGCAAGUUUCAGCGUGAGCUGGACGAGAAAAUUACUACGGAACAGGCCGCCUAUAAACUACAGCUGGCUGCAAUGCUCGGCAAGCUGAAGGGAAUGGAUUCCGCUCUGAAAGAGAUCGACGAUGCUAUGAAAGAGCGCGCCGAUGCCGAGAGAAGUGCCCAUCAGGCACAAGCCCUGUGGGGUGCAUGCCAAUCGUUGUGGUCAUCGAUUCGAUCCGGACAACCAGGAAAGUCGUGGCGCGAACAGCUGCGACCUCUUAACGAUGAAAUCAGUGCCGUUGGUCGUGCUGCCGAAGGAGAUGAGUUGGUCAGCGUUGUGCUUAAGGGGCUCCCCGAACAGGCUAGAAAGCGCGGCGUCUACCCGGAGGAUGCGCUUCGGGAGCGAUUCAUCAAGGUGGAAGAAAUUUCUCGUCGUCUGGCCCUUGUACCUGCCGAAGGAGCCCGUCUGCCGAUGUAUUUGCUUUCGUUCCUCCAGGCGGCCCUAAUCAUCCGUCCCAGCGUUUCCAUUUCGAAGGAUGAACUAGAGGACAAACCAUUCGAUUUCAACAAGUUGGACACCUAUGACAUUCUGAAUCGGGCCCGCUAUUGGCUUGAUCGCGGCGAUUUGGUACGCACCGUGCAGUACAUGAACUUGCUCAAGGGAGCGUCACGAAAAGCUGCACUUGAUUGGCUGAACGAGGCACGUCUACUAUUGGAAACCCAACAAGCUGCCAACACACUAAUGGCCCAUGCGGCUUCAAGUGGUAUUCGAUUUCUGUGAACAGUGUUAGCGCCAUCUGUUGUUGUGUUGUUUUAAGUGUACAUCCUCCCCCUAAAGAUGUCGUUCUCCAGUUCACGUAUUCCAAAAUACACGCCGGCAGCAGCAGUUGUAUGAAAAAUGUAUCCUGGCCAGAAUUCGACACUGACGAGGUACUAGAAAACCAACGAUCGUGUUUUAAUUUUUACAAAGUUUAACGAAACGACGUCGCACGAAUGAAUUAAAAUUCAAGUAUUGUAUCGUGUUGGGUAGUAGCAAUUGCACAGUUUCUUCUAUUGGUACAUUCGUCAACAAAAAUUUACAAGAGGUGCAAGUGUAGCAGGCAGAGGUGCUUCUUUUAGCGCAAUCAUUCUUGAAAAGCGGGAUAAGAAAAACAGUUGAGAUGGAAAAGGUUCCAAUGGAAGCGGUUGGAAUGAUAAUUUGCUAAAAUUAUAAUAUGUAACUUAAGCCAGAUUAAUUCAAUAAACGAAAGUCAAAGUAUUUUUGCGACAAA